AGCAAGCUAAGGGGUAUGUUCAUCUCUCCACAUAUCUGCUUCCGCGCGAUGAAACCACGCAUGUGUUGAUCUGUGCUGCAGCAACGUGCAUCCGUUCCUCUUUGACCCCAGAGUUAAUCUGCAUUCAGACUGACGAUCCAAUAUAUUUCUCAAAUUUGGGAUAUUAGGCUAUUCCGGAACCGUUGUAUUUAUGUAGUUUUUACUAUUAUUUCGUAUGAUCGGUCAAGCUUGCUUCGAUUCAAUCAGUUUUGUGACCGUUUUCCUCAACACUGCAGCAGGUCUACAUUUUCCCAAACCGAAUGCUAACGCGAGCCGCUUAUGCUAUUCGCGUAAUGUAUCACCGUGAGGAUAGACAGUAAAUAAGGGGACCCGUCCAUCUGCAAUAAAGAGGAAAAGAAGAUGGUGAUAAUGGCUCCUACAAAUUUAGCAUCUAAAUGCUCGACAGCGAUGGCGAAUGCUUCCUUCCCUGUGAAGCUAUUUCUCUGGGUGUUUUUAUUCGCUCAUCUUCCUACAAGCUCCAUCCAGACUGAAAACGACGAUGAUGAAGUGACAAACAAAACGUGGGUGUUGACUCCCAAAGUGUACGAGAGCGAUGUCACCAACAUCCUAAACAGCCUACUAGAUGGCUACGAUAACAAACUGCGACCAGAUAUAGGAGUCAAACCAACCGUGAUCCACACGGACAUGUUUGUGAACAGUAUCGGCCCAGUAAAUGCUAUCAAUAUGGAGUACACCAUCGACAUCUUUUUUGCCCAGACGUGGUAUGACCGGAGAUUGAAGUUCAACAGUACCAUGAAGGUCCUGCGUCUCAACAGCAACAUGGUGGGCAAGAUCUGGAUCCCCGACACCUUCUUUCGCAACUCCAAGAAGGCCGACGCCCACUGGAUCACCACGCCCAAUCGCAUGCUUCGGAUCUGGAACGAUGGACGGAUACUCUACACACUGCGGUUGACUAUUGAUGCCGAGUGCCAGCUUAAACUGAACAACUUUCCAAUGGAUGAGCACUCCUGUCCCCUGGAGUUUUCAAGCUAUGGUUACCCCAGAGAGGAGAUAGUGUACAAGUGGAAGAGGAGCUCCGUGGAGGUGGGAGACAUCCGCUCCUGGAGGCUCUACCAGUUCUCCUUUGUUGGCCUGAGGAACACCUCCGAGAUCGUCAGGACCGUGUCAGGAGACUACGUUGUUCUGACAGUCUUCUUCGACCUGAGCAGGAGGAUGGGUUACUUCACCAUUCAGACCUAUAUCCCCUGCACCCUCAUCGUUGUCCUCUCCUGGGUCUCUUUUUGGAUCAACAAGGAUGCUGUACCUGCUAGAACAUCCUUAGGCAUUACCACUGUGCUGACCAUGACUACGCUGAGUACCAUAGCCAGGAAGUCGCUGCCUAAGGUAUCCUACGUGACGGCCAUGGACCUCUUUGUGUCCGUGUGCUUCAUCUUUGUUUUCGCCGCUCUGAUAGAGUAUGGAACACUGCACUACUUUGUGAGCAACAGGAAGCCAAGCACAAAAAAGGACAAGAAAAAUAAAAACCCGCUCCUCCGGCUCUUUUCCUCAAAGCAGACACCUACGGUGGACAUACGCCCUCGCUCAGCCACCGCCAUCCAGAUGAACAACGCCACCCACAUGCAGGAGCGGGAUGAGGAGUAUGGCUACGAGUGCCUAGACGGCAAGGACUGCACCAGCUUCUUCUGCUGUUUCGAGGACUGCCGCUCCGGGGCCUGGCGGCACGGGCGGUUGCAUAUCCGUGUCGCCAAGAUAGACUCGUACGCUCGCAUCGGUUUCCCCACCGCUUUCGGUCUCUUUAACCUGGUUUACUGGAUCUCAUAUCUCUAUCUCUAGAUCCAGCGUGUAGCCAGACUUAGAAUAUAUGUUCUGCUCCAACUAGACCAUUUUUUCAGAAGGGGACCCACUGAAAUGUUUUCCUUUUCCUUUUGUUUCUGUUUGAUUAUUCUAUGUUUGUUAAUUCAUAUUUCUCAUAAUUUCUUUAUAUGGUUGAAGCAAAAGUUGUAGCAAAACCAUUAGGCAUGCAGGGAUCUGGAGUCCGAUAGUGGGGACUACGACUGUGCUUUGGGUAAGGCAAGAACCUAAGUUCACCGUAGUGAUUCUGCAGGACUACAUUUUCCAGAUUCCCCUUGAUCAGAUAAUUGGUUUACGUAGAAGGUAAUCGCAGUCAGGGCCGCUUCAAUGUUGUUGUUUUUUGUAUCUGCCCUUAGUCAGUAUAUUAGAUCACAGUAAACAUUUUCACGGUAAACAAACUUCAUUCAAACUGAAAAAGUAUUAAGGCAUGUUCCCGAUUUCUUGCAUUAACAAGUCACGCAUGCGCCGUAGAAGACAGACGGAAGAUUUGACAUCAGCUUAUUUUCCCCAUCUUUUAAAAAUAUGCAUUUACUUAUUGCUGUAUUCCAUCCAUCCAAAAUACAAAAUAAGCUAAAUCUCAAGCACUUUAAUAGCUAUGUAGGUUGAACAGUAAGUAUGAUUUUCAAUGAUAAUUUGAUAGCUAGGUUUCUUUCAUCUAACUGUGAAACUUUACUUUUACACAGUUAAACAUGCAUUUUUUGAAUGUGUGGUCAGGAGCGCUAGAAAAUACUGUUUAUGGUCAAUGGUCAACUGUACAGACACUGUAUAUAUUUUAUUAUUAUGUAGUGGUUUUAAUUUAUUGCAUGCACCUUUCAGGCCCAAAAUCAACACAUGUUUUAAAGGGGCAAUCCACAGUUGUUACAUCCAUUUACCGACAUAUAAAUUAAUGAUAUUCUCAUUGAUACUUGAAGUUAUAAAGGCCUCAUGAGCUUACUUCAACUGUCCUACCCCAUCCCAACCCAGCAUAUAAGCUCGUUUUACUCCAAUGUUUGUGAACAUUGUAAAUGUAAACAAACACUGUUUAGCCUCAAAAUAUGUUUAAAUCCAUCAUUUAGAUUUCAUGGAUGGUCAGUCCUUGCAUCAAUAACCCUGUCUGUAAAUUUAAGAGUGGUUACAUUUCUUCAGGCCCAUCCCUCAGCUUUUUACAAAGACAGAGGUGGGGUAUCUGUUUGUUAUUGUUUAAACUGUGGAUAGCCCCUUUAAGGUCUUCUAUUGUUGGCUAUGGAUACAAAAAAAAGAACACUGCUGAUUAUCCAUCUGGAUUUCGUCUUACUUCUUAGGAAAAGUAGAAAAUGAGACAAAGUCCGAUUUUGUCUUAUAAAUUAACGUUAAUCUCUACCAGUAUGUAUUACAAGAGGAUCAAUCCAGACCUUACAGGGAAAACGUUGUUAUAUCAACUUUUAUUAACUUGUAGACUGCUCUGAGAAACUCUUCCCUUUCAAACACUUUGCUAUUGAUGGCUAUCUUCAAUUGACACACAAGUAUGGCUGUGCUGGCUCCUUUGGGAAGUGUGUAGAUAAGAAAUAGGCAUCAAAAACAAAUGUAUGGUUUUCUUACAUCAAAACAUAUUUUCUUACAUCAAAACAUAUUCUGCUCCCUUUCUCUCCCCCACAACCACUUGGUGGAAGUGAAUUUCAUGCAAACACAUCAAGCAGUGUUUUACUUCAUUCAGCUGGCACGUUGAGUGUCUACAAUGGAAGCGGCUGUAGUUCUGAAUGCGUACACCCAUCAACAUGCCAAAACUCUCAGUGACAGAAAACAAACUCCCAUUUGUCAUAAGACUGAACUGCAUUACUUAGUCACUGCAUUAAAACAGGAUCCAUUCCAUCUGUCUCCAUGGGUGGUUUAGAGGGACUUAAGGCAAAAACAAACCAUUUAACUUGAGGAAUAUUGAUGAACACGACGGCUCCAUGGAGAAGAAAGCAUCUGCUUGUGACCAGACCAGAUGCAUAAGCCUUACUCUCUUUGAAGAGAAACACUGUGGAAAUUACAAUGAUCUGACGCUGAAAAUGUAUUGAAAGAUCUGGGAGAAGUUCAGGAAUUUUUUUGUUUUUUUUGUUUUGCUUUUCUGUGUUUACAAUGGAUCAUUAAAUCAUUAAUGUGUCAA